ACUAACUUGCUAAGUUCCGUCAAAAAAUACUAGCUUCCUAAUAGUUAGCCAUGGACUUGUUCCAACACAAGAAGGACGACGAGAACAAUAAUCUGGCACGCACGGAGGCGGCGGAUACCGGCAAGAAGAAGCACGGGAAGGAGGAGAAGCAGCACAACCACAGCCCCAUGGAGCACGUCGGCGGGAGGGAGAUUGACGUGAAGGAGUACAUCGAAAUUGACGCCAUGUCCGCUGCAACGUCCAUUCUCCACAGGAAGUACGAGGCGGCGACCAAGGAGAAGAUGGUGGACAAGGUGGUCCGAUUGAUCGGCGCGGAGGAGGCCAACAAGGAGCACAAGGAGGAGGAAGCCGGCUGGGAGAAGAACAAGGGCGUCUACCAGUUCUGAUCAAUCAUAGCGCACAUACGCCAGAGGCUGAGACGUGCAUGCGUUCAGCUGUGCUCGGUUGUCCCUCCUAGCGCACGUCGUACGUGUUUUGAAUAAGUGGCAGUACUGUGUCUACUUUUUAUCUGUGUAACUUCAUUACAUCGCAUUUAGACAAUUUCCCGUACGGUUGCA